AUGCCCGCACCGACCACCGAGCCGGCGCUCCCGGCGGCCUUCCUGUGCGUCCCGUCCCCGCUCCUCUCCAGGCCGCUCCCCGGCGCCGCACUCUCCGCCGCCUCCCCCGCGCCCUCCUCCUCCUUCCUCCCGCGCCCGCGCUGCGGGCCCCGCGCGCUCUCCGUCGCCAUCUCCGUCCCGGGCCCCACUUCCUCCGCGGCGUCGUCGCGGCUCCACCAGAUGUGGGGCGAGUUCGCGCGGUUCGUGCGGCUGCACGGGAACCAAAUCGCGCCGCUCGGGUUCGCGUCCCUGGGCGUGGAUUUUGGCAGCGGCGGCGGGGGUAACGCCGGCGGCGGUGGGGGAGGAGGGGGCGGAGGGAAUGUGGAUGGGGUAGGCGAGGUGGAGGAGGAGGCCGCGGCGCGGGCUGAGGCGCCGAAGAAGGUGCUGAUCCUCAUGAGCGACACGGGCGGUGGUCACCGCGCAUCUGCCGAGGCCAUCAAGGUUGCCUUCACCCAGGAGUUCGGCGACGACUAUCAGGUAUUUGUCACUGAUCUGUGGACCGACCACACUCCAUGGCCAUUUAAUCAACUGCCUAGGAGCUAUAGUUUUUUGGUGAAACAUGGACCCUUGUGGAAGAUGACAUACUAUGGUACUGCACCACGUGUAAUCCAUCAGCCUCAUUUUGCUGCAACAUCCACAUUCAUAGCAAGAGAGGUUGCAAAAGGUCUACUGAAGUACCAACCAGAUGUAAUUAUCAGUGUACACCCUUUAAUGCAACAUGUGCCCCUCCGAAUUCUAAGAUCCAAAGGUCUCUUGGAUAAGAUCCCAUUCACAACUGUUAUCACAGAUCUCAGCACAUGUCACCCAACAUGGUUCCAUAAGCUUGUCACUAGAUGUUACUGUCCAUCAACUGAGGUGGAAAAGAGAGCACUAAAAGCUGGUCUGAAGCCCUCACAGAUUAAAGUCUAUGGCCUCCCUGUUCGACCCUCUUUUGUUAAACCUAUUCGACCGAAGGAUGAACUGCGAAGAGAGUUAGGCAUGGAUGAAGAUCUGCCUUCUGUUUUAUUAAUGGGUGGGGGUGAAGGGAUGGGUCCUAUUGAGGCCACUGCUAAAGCGCUUGGUGAUUCUUUGUAUGAUGAAAACCUAGGGGAACCCACGGGUCAAAUACUUGUAAUUUGUGGGCGUAAUAAGAAGCUGGCCAAUCGAUUGCAGUCGAUAAAUUGGAAAGUUCCAGUUCAGGUGAAAGGCUUUGUUACAAAGAUGGAAGAAUGUAUGGGUGCUUGUGAUUGUAUCAUUACAAAGGCAGGACCUGGUACAAUUGCAGAGGCGAUGAUCCGUGGCUUACCGAUUAUUCUAAAUGGUUAUAUUGCUGGACAGGAAGCUGGCAAUGUUCCGUACGUUGUUGAAAAUGGAUGUGGAAAGUUCUCGAAAUCUCCAGAACAGAUUGCGAAGAUAGUUGCCGACUGGUUUGGCCCAAGUUGGUAG